AUGUACAGCCGCAACAUUAUUAGUUCCUCAGUCCCGACGUGGAUCCAGCGUGAGCGUGGUUCCCCCAACAGCAGCUCCAAGGAGAUGGACAACUCUACAAGGGCCCAACGAGGCUCUUUCAACAUUAGUUCCCCCAACAGCAGCUCUAAAGAGGUGGGUAUAGCCGCAUGGACCCAGCGCACUUCUCCCAGCAGCAGCACCAGAGAGCUGGGCUGGAAGAUGGAAGGCUUUGCUGCCCAGUUGGAGACGGCUUUUGAUACCCACGCCGAGGAGCAUAUUGGCCAACUGUACCGUCCUGCCAGUCUCGAGGAAAAGGGUCCCAUUCUUGGCCACUUCAAGCGAGAGAGUGACGUGACCUCGACCAACAUGACGCCGCCGCCCCCGCCGCCACCACCACCACCACGGCCGCCGCGCCAUGACGACGUGUUUGAUUUCGCUCAGGGGUGCAGAGCCGACGAUGAAGAACCCGACAGCAACAACAACGGCAACAAUAACGGCAAUGGCAAUUUCGACACGGACGAGUUCCAGAUCUACCGCGACGGGUCGCUGAUCCUGGUUCCGGCCCCGACCAACGACCCUCGGGACCCUAUCAACCUGCCAAUGGUGCGCAAGGUCCUGGCCAUCUUCUUCCUCUCCUUCUUCGGCGCCCUGGCGGCAUCUGCCGAGAUCAUCCUCGGCGCGGUGCUGCCCGUGUUCGCGCUCGAGUACUCAGGCCUCUUCCCGGAUCCCGGCAAGAGCCUGAGGGACCUGAUCAACACCGGCGGGUUCCCCGAGGGCUCCAACCCGCUCAAGCUGCUCGACCACCUUGGCAGCGGGCCCUCGGUCUUUGCAAUCUACAUGCUGGCGUCUGCCCCGCUGCUCAUCAUCGGCCUGUCCAACCUGUUCCUGGUCCCCAUGGCCAUCGCCUGCGGCCGCCGGCCCGUCCUGCUCGCCACCAGCCUCAUCGCCAUCGCGGGCGCCGCCUGGGCCGGCGGCAGCAGGUCGUUCGAGUCGCACCUGGCUGCCCGUUGCGUCCAGGCCGUCGGUGCGGGCACCGUCGAGUCUCUGAUCCCCUUCAUCAUCCAGGACAUGGUCCACGUGCACCAGCGCAACACGUGGAUCUCGGCCGCAUUUGCUGCGCAGGGCGUCAUCAUCAUCGGCAUCGGCUUUUCCACCCCGACCAUCAUCACCGAGCUGUCUUGGCAUUAUGUUUACUACAUAACCGCGGGCGCCGCUAGCUUUUUCCUCGUUGGAAUCUUUUUCUUCCUGCCCGAGACGCGCUGGGAACGCACUCGUGCAGAGAUGGCUGGAAUCCCUCGCGACGACUCCCACAUCAAAUACAAGCCCCGGUCCUACAAGGAUGACAUCAACCCCUUUCCCGUCAACGUCAACUGGAAGGCCGGCGUGACGGCCUUCCUCGACACGAUGCGGACCUUUUUCUACCCCCAGGUUCUCUUCGUCACCAUGCUCAACUCCAUCGUCAUCUCGGUGACGUUUGCGGCGGGCCUCACGGCGACGCCGGUGCUGAUCAGCAAGCCGUACAGCUGGCCGUUUGACCGGAUCGGCUUCUCGCUGACGGCGGUGCUGAUCGGCGCCAUCGUGGUGGCGCUGGUGCAAGGCCCGCUGGGAGACAACCUGGCCAACUUCAUGGCGAAGCGCACCGGCCGCCGCACGCCCGAGAACCAGCUCAUCAACCUGGUCCUGCCCAUCUCGCUCGCCCUCAUCGGGUCGCUGCUGUUCGGCCUCGCCGGCAGCCACCCGGACCGCUACGGCUGGCCCGUUUUCCUGGCGUCGUUUGCCUUUAUCGCCUACGGCUUCCUCGGCACCAGCUCCACGUCGUCCGUCUACGUGCUCGAGUGCUACCCGCACCUGGCCGGCCCGGCGCUGGUCAGCAUCGCCUCCUUCCGCUUCAUCUUCGCCUUCCUGCUGACGUUUGACGCGUCCAACUGGGUCAUCAACCUGGGCUACUUUAACGCCUUCAUGAUCUACGUCGGUCUCAUCUCCUUCUUUGUGCUGUUCCUACCCGUCGUGUUCAUCUAUGGCGCUUCGUGGAGGAAGCGGUGGGUAAAACCGACCGCGUCUCUCAUUCCGUACCGAUCAGUCGCCGCGCUCUCGUCGUCGUCAAGGUCACCCGCCGCCGUCCCUGCCGCCCAGUCGUCGACCGGCCUCGCUAGGCCCGAGCGGAAGGAGGUGCCGCUGCCUAGCCAGGAGGGCACCAAGGGUGUCAUUCAAUAUGCUCUCACCACCCUCGACAUCAUAGCCAACUGGGGCCGCCAGUCCUCGCUCUGGCCCAUGACCUUCGGUCUCGCCUGCUGCGCCGUGGAGAUGAUGCACCUCUCGACCCCGCGGUACGAUCAGGACCGGCUGGGAAUCAUCUUCCGUGCCUCUCCGCGUCAGUCGGAUGUGAUGAUCGUCGCCGGCACCCUGACCAACAAAAUGGCACCUGCCCUCCGUCAGGUUUAUGAUCAGAUGCCCGAGCCCCGCUGGGUCAUCAGCAUGGGCAGCUGCGCCAACGGCGGCGGCUACUACCACUACAGCUACAGCGUCGUCCGCGGCUGCGACAGGAUCGUCCCCGUCGACGUCUACGUCCCCGGUUGCCCCCCGACCUCCGAGGCCCUCAUGUACGGCAUCUUCCAGCUGCAGCGCAAGAUGCGCAACACCAAGAUCACCAGGAUGUGGUACAGGAAGUAG